UUUGGCCCCAAAACCCCCAUCCCUGCUGGGAAGUGGUGAAAUCCCCACCACCGGGGUGACCCAUCAUGGUGUCUUCGGUUGUUCCCACCGGUUUUUGGGGACGGAAGGGAACGAUGGAGCCAUCUCUUGUGGCCGGGAAGGAGGCGUUUCCCUGGCCCCACGCUGGCCCUGGGCCAGGCUGGGGGAAUUGAGACGCCCUUGCACCACACCACACCGCAGCCGGCGGCGCGCAGGGGAGCUCCCACUCACACCUUCCCCGCCGUAUAAAACCCCCGCGCCGCCCCGUCGCCCGCCCAGAACCCCGGGAGAGCCCGUGGAGCAGGUAAGUGGUGGCCCAUCCACCACCACGGGAUGAGGGAGGAGAGGGAAGGGGGUGGGGAACCCCUACCCGAGGGUCCCAGCUACCCCUUUGCACACCCCCAAAAAAAAAAAAUCCUUCCACUCUUUGCUCCCACGCUUGGCUCUGCCGCGACUUGCCGCCGGGGCUGGGAUGUUCCUGCUGUUGGGACGUGUCCCGGCAGCUCAACCGCAUCCCGGGGCUCCUUCCUCGCCCUUCGCUCAAGUUCCUGGAGCCCAAAGAAGGGGAAACUCCCCCCCUUCUCCUCCUCAAAGCUGAGAGCUGAGCUUGGUUUUCUUCCCUCCCCUCCGCUGCCAGCUCCCCAAGACCCUUUCGGAGAGGACACCUCCACCACCUCCACCACCUCCACCACCACCGAGGACCUACAGACGCCGCGAGGAGCAGCAUGGGCCAGUGCAACUGCCGCAAGAAGCGCAAGGAUUGUCAGGAGCUCACCGACGUGGAGCGGGCCAUCGAGACCGUCAUCAACCAGUUCCACUGCUACGCCGUGAAGGGGCAGAAGGAGUACCUGACCCCCAACGAGAUGCAGGAGCUGGUGGUGCAGAAGCUGCCCCACCUGGGGAAGUGCGUUGGGCCACUGGAAGAGAAGAUCGAAUGCAUGGGCAACCCUGAUGAAGCCAAGCUGGAGUUUGGAGAGUACUGGGACAUGAUGGGGGACGCGGCCAAGGGCUGCCGGAGGAAGUAGAAGGUGGUGGGGGAUGGGAAGGCGCCCGAGGCCUCAGGCUCUGCACCGAGAAGCGCGAGAGGCUGCUGGUCCCGGUGGGAUGCGCCUGGAAAAACCGCAGCGUCGCUCCCGCCGGGGCUCGUCUCCUCCCCGUGUCCCCAUCUGGGGCGCAGGGAUCCCCCUCCCCACCUCCAUCCCUACCUUCUCCCACUUCUCCUUCCCACCAGGAAACCUCCCUUCCCAUCCCCAGCUCCGGUCCCUGCCUCGGAGGGAAGGAGAUGGCAAGGGGGGUUCCCAACCCCAACUCUGGAGCCGCCUUUCUCCGUCCUUCGCUCCAGAGCCUCUACCCCCGGGGU